AGUUCUUUUUUUCCCCAUGAAUCCACUAACCCACAGAAUUAUUACAUGCAUUUGGUGCUACCAUUUUAAACAUUUUAAUCAGAUUAUUAUAACACUACUGAAUGAAAUACAUAGUUGGGUAAUCCAUUAUGCUUUUACUAGUAAAUAGUGGAUGUCUACUUUUUCUUGGUCCUCUCAGUAUUGCCACAAAUAUCUAAACUUUAACUCCCAGCUGUUGUUUACAUGAUUGGGCCAUAUUUGAAAUGCAGUAUACAUCAAUUAUUGUCCUGGGUGAGCACUUCCACUGUCAAGACAGAUUAACAAGAAAUGUCCCUUCUUUUCAUGUUAUGUCUUGGCUUGUGUUGCCGUGUACAUUUAUUUUGAGAGGCAUAUCAGAAUCAGUCAUUUUAUUGAAUGCCUUUAUCCAACAGUGGAGGUGGUGAUCAGUCAUUGGCCUUUGGUUGGCUCACUUGUUUCCUGCUCUCUUUUGGUCACUUCAGACGGGGCUGAUUAUGGUUCCUAUUAAUCAUGAAUUCCAGUGUAAGGUGUUGCUACUAUUAUUAAUCUUUUUAUUCACUCAUUGCAUAUCUAUUCUUCAUCAUAUGGAUGAAUAAAUACUCAUCUUGUUCUGGAAACGACGAUUCAUGUUAGCUUCCCUGUGAGUUUGUUGCAAAUUGAGGUAUCUAUGGAGUAACUUUUUGAAAGCCAUGUACAAAGGGAAGAUAAUUUGUAUAUGUUGAAAUAUACCUAUUCAUUAUUUGUAACAUCUGGAAACAGUGGUAGAACGCUGUGGACAGUUGUAGGCACUGGAGUUUUACACACUUGGAAGAAAGUACAUCUUUGUCUUGGCAACAGACAGCAUGAGACCAAAACAUUCAUUCAGUCAGACACAAUCCUUGAAGUCCUUCAUUUUGGCGAGGGAGGCCUUUUACAGGCUGAGUCUGACAUUGAUUUUAGUUUUUAUCAACAAAGCACUUCCCCACACCGAGGGAACUGCCGACCUAUACGUUUUGAACCUCCAAUGUUGGACUUCCAUGAACAGCCUGUUGGAAUGCCAAAAAUGGAGAAAGUUUAUUUACACAAUCCUAGCUCAGAGGAAAUAAGUUUGAUAUCAAUAUCAGCAACAACGGCACAUUUUCACGCCUCCUUUUUCCAGAAUAGGAUAAUUCCACCUGGAGGAAACACAUCAUUCGAUGUAGUUUUUCUUGCUCGAGUUGUUGGGAAUGUAGAAAACACUUUAUUUAUUAAUACAUCACAUCAUGGAGUGUUUACAUACCAGGUGUUUGGCGUGGGCAUCCCCAACCCCUACAGACUCCGGCCUUUCAUUGGGGCACGAGUUCCUGUCAACAGCAGCUUCUCGCCUCUAAUAAAUAUCCACAACCCAUUCAGUGAACCGCUGCAAGUGGUAGAAAUGUACUCAAGUGGUGGGGAUCUACAUCUUGAGCUUCCCACUGGCCAACAAGGAGGAACUAGGAAGUUAUGGGAAAUUCCGCCAUUUGAGACCAAAGGAGUGAUGAGAGCCAGCUUCUCGUCAAGAGAUGUCGACAACCACACAGCUUUCAUCAGGAUCAAAACGAAUGCUCCCAAUGAGGACCAGUUCAUUAUCCUUCCUGUUGAGGUGGAGGUCACAUCAGCACCUGGUAUCUACUCUUCCACUGAGAUGCUUGAUUUUGGUACUCUGCGGUCUCAAGAUCGACCCAAACAGCUGAAUCUACACCUUUUGAACUCAGGAACAAAAGAUGUUCCAAUUACAAGUGUACGCACAACACCGUCAAAUGAAGCGGUUACUGUGGAUUUCAAAGCAGUCACACUCAAAGCUGGAGAGAGUAGAUACACCAAAGUUGCAAGUAUAAGCUUUGACGCUUCGAAGGCCAGAAGACCUGAUCAGUUCUUGGGUAAAAUUACGGUCAAAGCAAAAGAAAAGAGCUACUCAAAGCUUGAAAUUCCAUACCAGGCAGAGGUUUUAGAAGGUUAUCUGGGCUUCGACCAUACAGCCACGUUGUUCCACAUUCGGGACAGCCCUGUUGACCCAGUUGACAGAGCAAUAUUUCUCACAAAUGCCUUCAACUUUGCCAUACGCAUACAUGAUGUGUCCUUGCCAGAGGAGGCAAAAACCAUGUUCAAAGUGCAGAACUUCAGCGCACCAAUCGUCAUUCCUCCGCACAAGUCUUGUUUAAUCUUUUCCCUCCUUUUCCGGCCAGUGAGGCCCUCCAUACAUAUAGACAGCAACAUCCUGCUCAUCACAAAUGCAUCAAAGUUUCACCUACCAGUUCGAGCUUACACUGGCUUUUUGGAGCCCGUGGUCCUGCCUCCUAGUCUUAAAGAAAACCUGCUGGACUUUGGGGUUCGCAGUGCCACAGACACCAGCAGCAUCGUCUUUGUGGUGUUCAACAGCAACCCAAUAGAGCUGGAAAUCAAGUCCUGGCUGGUGACUGGAGACAGUCUCAGUAUGGAACUGGUCAAAACAGAGAAGGGAAACUCAACAGUGGCCAAAGGUCGCCUGCGGGAUCUGCAGAACAGCUCAGCCUCCAGUCACAAAACGGUCAUACUUGCCUCUGGGUACUACGCUGCAUUCCGAGUGACGCUGGUGGCCAAAUCCCUGGAGGGCAUGUAUGAUGGAGCUGUGCACUUAACAACAGACUAUGAGAUCCUAACCAUACCCGUGAAAGCUCUGAUAGCUGUGGGGACAUUAACCAGUUCCCCGAAACAGAUCCUGUUGCCUCCUUCCUUUCCUGGGAAGGUUGUCCACCAAAGCUUCAGCAUCCAGAGCACUUUUACACAGAAGGUUCGGCUUCAGCAGAUCCGUUCUCUGACGGAAGACAUACGUUUCUAUUACAAGCGGCUGCGCAACAACAAAGAUGAGCUGGAGCCCAGACGAAAAUCCAAGGUGGCAAAUAUAUAUUUUGACGCCAGCUUGCAGUGUGGUGACCACUGUUAUGUGGGUCUGCCAUUUGUGCUGAAGUCUGAGUCCAAGCCUCAUGGUAUGGUGUUACAAGAAGACAUUUGGGAUUCAGAUGUUGAUCUUCACCAGAAACUUGUCAGGCGAUGGAGAGAUUUGAAUGAGCGUUCAGGCCAUAAGGUUGAUGCCACAUUUGAAGUCAACACUGAUCUCCAGAAGAAUGUUCAAGCUAAAAUUACAGCUCAACUGACGUGGCCGUCUUUGGUCAACUCUUCACAACGCAUUACAUUCCCCUUGACCAACACCAACAGCUCUUCGGAUGAAGAGGUGACUCUGCAGAACCCUGCUGAUGUUCCGGUGUAUGUCCAAGUUCUUCCCCUGGCACUUCUCCCAAAUCCCUCAGUGUUUUCUGGCAAGCUUGCUGACAGGCUGCCCUUGGGAAAUUUGUCCAACAUUAAUAUUGACACAAAUACAUUGGAGUUCAAAGUUCACCGAAAUCAGACACGCAUAAUGAGGAGCAGCACUGGGUUUGUAGAAGGAUCAACUCGACCUUUUGUGUACAACUUGCUGCUGCUGCCAGGAGAAGUCAAGUCUUUCAACGUCAGGUUUACUCCCACCAGCAACCACAGCGUCUCCUCCUUCCUGAUAGUCAGAAAUAAUCUGACUGUAAUUGAUGCCAUCAUGCUUCACGGUCGAGGAACAACAGAGACACUGAAAGUGGCAGGGAAGCCUCCUGGUGUGGGAAGCUCUCUGAGGUUUAAGAUGACAGAGGCUUUGCUGAGAGACUGCACAGAGAAGACAAAGACCAAGGAGCCCAACUUCACUCUAAAAAGAACAUUUAAAGUGGAAAACACAGGUUUGCUGCCAAUCACCAUCCGAUCAGCUGAAAUCAAUGGACUGGCCUGCGAAGGAUAUGGAUUCAAAGUUCUCAACUGCCAAGAGUUUGCACUGAAACCAAACACUUCGAAAGACCUCAUCAUACUGUUUACACCCGACUUUACAUCAUCUAGAGUGAUCCGCGAGCUGAAAUUAGUGACCUUGGGAGGCUCACAGUUUGUGUUUGUGCUCAAUGCCUCCUUGCCCUACCACAUGUUGGCCACAUGUGCGGGUACACUGCCCAGGCCCAGCUGGGAGCUGGAGCUCUACGUCGUGGUGUCUCUCGUCAUGAGUUUCAUGUUCCUCGUAGUCAUCACCACCGCCUACCUGGAAGCUCAGAGUAUCUGGGAGCUCUUUCAGAGACGAUUGUCUGCUGAGUCCAAUUCUUCCAUGGAGACGGGAAGACCGUUUAAUCUCAGGGACAUAGUGCAACUCCACAGUGAUACAAAUGACUCCAACCAAAACUCCAGAGGUCUAUAUUCGUCUGGUAAUGGUGCGGCACGGACAAACAGACAGAGUGGCCGACAGUCGGACACAGACAACCAAGACAGAAGGUCACGUCUUGGCCUCAGCAGGACAUCUAUGCAAUCUUCUGCCCAGCAGUCAAAAGGAAACACAAGCUCAGGGCAGGAUGCUGCUUCUGUUGGCUGCCAGCUCAUUAACCGGAAGGCUCGGGCCAGUAAAACUGAGCCCCUGAGUCAAAGUUUAGCUCCGUCCACACUGUCUAACAGAAGCCCCGACAAUGCAGAAUAUGACAACCUCAUCGAAGCCAUGGACAAUGACGUGGACCGCCCAGAAUCCCAGAGAGCAGACGGUCUACAGGAGCAGAGCUCACUGUCACAGAGUAAAGUGACGGAGCCCAAAGGGAAGCUGCGUGGCAAAACAAAAGCACAGAAAAAGAAGGAGGAGAAGGAGAAAAAGUUGUCAUUAAUGUCUCAGGGAGGUGAACUAAAAGACACACUUGCUGACAAUGAUGACAGCUCGUCCACCACCACAGAGACGUCCAACCCGGACACAGAGACCAACAUCAAAGAGCAGGAACCAGUAAAGAAGAAAGGAAAAACGGCUAUCCUUGAAAAAGUGAAUGAAGAAACAGCAAAUGUCAUUCCCAAACCCAAAACGAAAAAACAAGGAGCCACGAAAAAAGAAAACCAAGUAGAAAAGUCAAGUUGUCUGGAGCUGCCUUAUGUCACACCACUGGAGACCAAACAGAGAAAGAGCUUCACAUCCAAAGCACUUCACCCUCUCACAAACAUCCAAAAGAGUAGACCUCUUCCAAAACCCAGGCAAGAGACAAAGCUGGACGAUGGGUGCAGCUCUAUCUUCUCCAAACUGUUGUCCAGCAGCUCUGUUCAAGAGCUGAGCCAAAGCAGCAGCUCCGAGGGCGAGAAGGAGUUUGCCCCUCCAGAAUGGGACGUCCCAAUUUCCCAAAGCAGUGACCAAGCUGACAGUCUCCAGCAGAUAUCCCUGCAGACAUUAAAUGCUGACCCUUUCCUCAAAAGUUCAUGCUCCCCUCCGCCCACCUCCCCUGUGCUUCUGUCCAGAGGAAGCUACAGCAGUGUGCUCAACAGCAACAGUGACUUUAUCCAGAAGAAAGCUCCAGGAAGCAAAGUGUCCACAUCUGCAGCGCUGCCUGGGAAGAGUGGAAACCUGACCUUUGCUGCUGUAGCUGCUGGUUAUGACAAAAGUCCAGGUGGAUCUGGUCCUAAAACAGAAGGCUAUAUCAAGAACUUGGCACACAUGGAGAGUGACAUUUCUGACAGUUCUGGACUCUGGGGUUCCAUGGACACUGCCAGUAGUCCCAACUUCCACUCUGCCAACUCCUUCUCGGCUUUUGGACCUAACAAUUCCUUCAACUUGACAGGAGUGUUCACUGGGAUGCAUAUCCCAAAGCCGUCGGAGCCUCAACAAAGCUGGCCUGAGUUCCCAUCCGUGUCUUCGUCCAUCUGGGACAACCCCAGCAGCGACCCUCUGCACUCCUGGACUAGCAGCUCCAACUCUCCCACUGCCCCGACCUCGUCACUCCUUGGGAACACCCGCAAUCCCUGGUCCCCUACCACCUCCACAUUUGGCAGCUCCAUCUGGUCCAGUGCAGACUCCACCUUGCACUCUUUUGCUCCGACAACAAGCUCAUCUACUCUGACCAACCUGGUCAACAGUCCCACCUCGUCCCCAUCAGCCUCCAACGAGAUGAGCGGGACCUACAACCCUUGGAGCAUGUGGCGACCCACGCUGAGCAGGAGGAGCUCGGAGCCCUGGCCCAGCUCCCCUGACAAUGGCAGUUAAAGCUGCAGAGUCAUGAAAAUUUUGUUUGAUCCAAAAAUUCAGUUGGACAAAAAAAGAGAACUCCAUGCAAGUUCUCAGCUUUUAUUUAAAACCAGAUCUUGUUUAUCGGAUUCAGAGUUUAAGGUACAGAAUCUCCACAGUUCAGUAUUGAAGUCAGACAGGCCAUUAACAGGACUUUGUUGCUGUCUACAUCAAUUUGGUUUAAACUUUAUUUAAAAAAAAAGGUUGACAGCCAACCUUUCUAAUAAUAAUAAUCAUGACA